UCAUCAUUUCAAGUAGCCAUUUUUAAUACUUUGAGAAAGAAUAUGACUUUGAUCUCGACUGCAAGGGGAUUGAUCUUCCUGGCAUUGCUGGGGAUUUGGGCAAGUUCCCAGUUGCUUGAAGCGUCCUCCAUGACGGAAAGGCAUGAGGAAUGGAUGGCUCUCUAUGGACGCAGUUAUAAGGAUACUACAGAGAAGGAAAUGCGUUUCCAGAUUUUCAAGCGCAAUGUUGAGUACAUUGAGUCUUUCAAUAGUGUUGGGAACCGAUCUUGUAAACUGAGCCUUAAUCCCUUUGCUGAUCAGAGUAAUGAAGAAUUUCAAGCCUCUCACAAUGGAUUCAAAAGGUCCUCCAAUCCAUCUCCAGUGACACCAUUUAGGUAUGAUAAUUUUACUAGUGUGCCAUCUAGCAUUGAUUGGAGGAAGAAAGGAGCUGUUACACCCAUAAAGGACCAAGGAACAUGUGGAUGUUGUUGGUCAUUUUCUGCGGUUGCGGCCAUGGAGGGGAUCACUAGCAUCACAAAUGGAAAGUCAUCAAUCUCUCUUUCAGAGCAAGAAGUAGUUGAUUGUGACAUCAGCGGUGAAGACAAAGGUUGUCAAGGUGGUCUAAUGGAUCAUGCAUUUAAAUUUAUCAUCCAGAACAAAGGCAUUACAACUGAAGGAAAUUAUCCUUACAAGGGUGUGGAUGGAACAUGCAACAAGAACAAGAUAGCUUCAGCCACUAUCGCAGACUAUGAAGAUGUCCCUGCCAACAAUGAGAAGCAAUUGCUUAAAGCAGUUGCCAACCAACCUGUUUCAGUUGCCAUUGAGGCUAGUGGCUCUGACUUCCGGUUCUACAAAAGUGGGGUCUUCACAGGAGAAUGUGGAACAGAACUGGAUCAUGGUGUUACAGUAGUAGGUUAUGGAACUGCAGAAGAUGGAACUAAGUAUUGGUUGGUGAAGAAUUCAUGGGGCAUCAAAUGGGGUGAAGAAGGAUACAUAAGGAUGAAAAGAGAUAUUGAUGCUAAGCAAGGUCUUUGUGGCAUUGCCAUGAUGUCUUCCUAUCCCACUGCUUGAAUUAUAAUAAUGAGUGGUGAAUAAACCUUAUUCUCGUAUUGUCCACGUCGUUUAUUAUUACACUAAUACUUUAUCUUAGAACUGUGAAAUGAUACUUUGUAUCAGUUCAUGCAAAUGUAGACAAAACACUCGGGAAUUUACGAAUGGAACUGUUAUCUUGUUUUUCUCUUUUAUGUUUUUCUUGUUUCUCUUUAAUUAUGCUUGAAGCUCCAUAGAAUGAUUACAAGAAAAUUUCCACUCAUCAUUCUAACACCAUAUCCAUAUAUAAUUUUU